AUGACAGAUUCAUUUUCAUCUUCCUUCUUUUUGGAUUUUGGGCUCUUCUUUUAUUUGGAGGAGCUCAACAAAGAGGAAUUAAAUCAAUUCAAGCUACUACUAAAGAAUGAGACACUGGAACCCGGGCACUGCCAGAUACCCUGGACUGAAGUGAAGAAGGCCAAGCGGGAAGAACUGGCAAAUUUGAUGAAUGAGUAUUACCCAGGAGAGCAGGCCUGGAAUGUGGCUCUCAAAAUCUUUGGCAAGAUGAACCUGAAGGACCUGUGUGAGAGAGCAAGAGCAGAGAUCAACUGGACAGCUCAGACCAAAGGACCAGAGGAAGCCAGGACCAGAGAGAUACAAGGUGAUCAAGAUGCAGUGCUGGGUAAGGGAACAGGAUACAAAAUUCAAAUAAAGGAACUAUUUCACCUCACGUGGGAUAAGAAGUCUUUGUUUGGAGAGCCUGGAGAUUUCCAUUGUGGAACUGCUCAGGCAGACCAAAAACUGUUGGAACAUUUGUUUGACGUGGACAUCUCGACUGGCAAGCAGCCUCUGACUGUGGUGAUUCGAGGGGCUGCUGGAGUUGGGAAAACCACCUUGAUGAGAAAGGCGAUGUUAGACUGGGCGCAGGGAAAUCUCUUUCAGCAGUUUACCUAUGUUUUUUAUCUCAAUGCGAGAGAAAUUAACCAGAUGAGAGAGAGAAACUUUCUUCAGAUGAUAUCUAAGGACUGGCCCAAGACAGAAGGCCCCAUUGAAAGGAUUAUGUCCCAGCAAAGCAGUCUCCUUUUUAUUAUUGACAGUUUCGAUGAACUCAACUUCGCCUUUGAGGAACCUGAGUUUGCCCUGUGCCAAGACUGGGCCCAAGUCCAUCCAGUGUCCUUCCUCAUGAGUAGUUUGCUGAGGAAAGUGAUGCUCCCUGAGUCAUCCUUAUUGGUGACCACCAAACUCAAGGCAUGUAAGAAACUAGAGCCUCUGUUAAAGAGUCAGUGUUCUGUGGAGCUACAGGGCAUGGCUGAGGAUGCAAGACAGAAGUAUAUUUACCAGUUUUUUGAGGAAAAAAAGUUGGCAUUGCAAGUGUUCAGUUCAUUGAGAAACAAUGAGAUGCUUUUUCGUAUGUGCAGAGUUCCCCGAGUGUGCUGGGUGGUCUGUACUUGUCUGAAGCAGCAAAUGGAGAAGGGCAGUGACAUCACAUGGACCUGCAAAACGGCCACAGCUCUGUUUACCUGCUACAUCUCCAGCUUGUUCACACAGGGUCACUGCCCUCAUCUACCCAACCCCAUCCAACUGAGGAACCUGUGCCACCUGGCUGCCAGAGGAGUGUGGACUAUGACAUAUGUGUUCUACAGGGAAAAUCUGAGAAAGUACGGGCUAACCAAGUCUGAUGUCUCCAUUUUCCUAGACAUGAAUAUUCUUCAGAAGGACACAGAACAUGAAAACUGCUACGCAUUCUCUCACCUUCAUGUACAGGAGUUUUUUGCAGCUGUGUCUUACGUGUUGAAAGGUGGUUUGGGAAACACAGAGCACCCCUUUCAGUCUUUUGAACACUUGAAGCUGCUACUUGACAGCAAAACGCACAGAGACCCCCAUUUGACUCAGAUAAAAUAUUUUUUGUUUGGCCUUUUGAAUGAGGAUCGAAUAAAACAACUGGAAAAAACCUUUCACUGUAAGAUGUCAUUGGAGAUAAAAUGGAAGGUUCUUCAGUGGAUGGAAAUACUAGGGAACAAUGAGGAUUUUCCAUCACAGCUGGAAUUUAUGGAGUUUUUUCACUGUCUAUAUGAGAGUCAAGAGGAAGCAUUUGUAAGCCAGGCAAUGAGAUCUUUCCAAAAGAUUGUUAUUAGUAUUUGUGAGAAUGUCCAUUUGCUUGUGUUUUCAUUCUGCCUCAAGCACUGUCAAAGUUUACAGAGCAUUAAACUGUCUGUAAAUGUGGUAUCUGAGAAGAUGUUGUUAAACUUAAGCCCGGAAGCUGAAACUCGGCAAAAGGAUAGUGGUCGCCUUACUCAUUGCUGGAAAGAUCUUUUUUCUGUACUUCAUACAAAUGAACACUUGAGAGAACUGGACCUCUGUCAUAGCAGCCUUGAUGAAUUAGCAAUGAAGGCUUUUUAUCAAGAACUCAGGCACCCAAGUUGUAAACUAAAAAAAUUAAUGUUGAGAUUUCUUUUUUUCCCUGAUGGUUGUCAGCGUAUCUCCCAUUCUUUGAUUCACAACCAGAAUCUCAAGCAUCUGGACCUGAAAGGGAGCAAUAUAAGUGACAGUGGAGUAAAGUCAUUAUGUGAAGCCUUGAAACACCCACAGUGCAAACUCCAGCAUCUGAGCCUGGAAUCCUGCGACCUAACUGCAGUCAGUUGCCUAAGUAUCUCUAAGGUGCUCAUCAGAAGCCAGAGCCUGCUAACUCUGAAUCUGUCCACCAAUAACUUAUUAGAUGAUGGGGUGAAGCUGUUAUGUGAGGCCUUAAGUCGUCCAGAGAGUUACCUAGAGAGACUGUCUUUAAGAAGCUGUGGCCUCACAGCAGUUGGUUGUGAGGCUCUUUCUGUAGCUCUCAUUAACAAUGAAAAACUGACACAUUUAUGCUUGUCGGAAAAUGUCUUGGAAGAUGAUGGAGUGAAGCUUAUGAAUGAUGCCUUGAAAUGCCCACAGUGCACUCUCCAGAGCCUUGUGCUGAGGGACUGCCAUUUCACUUCACUUAGCUGCGACUCUCUCUCAUCCUCCCUUCUACACAACAAGAGUCUGAAGCAUCUGGACCUGGGGUCUAAUUUGCUACAGGACGAAGGAGUAAAGCUUUUGUGUGAUACCUUUCAGCAUCGAUGCUGUAAUCUUCAGGACCUGGAGUUGACGAACUGUUGUCUCACUAGUGCUUGUUGUCUUGAUCUGGCCUCUGCUAUUUUGAACAAUCCAAACCUGCAUAGCCUGGAACUUGGGAACAAUUAUUUGCAGGAUGAUGGAGUGAAAAUUCUGAAUGAAGCUUUGAGCCAUCCAAACUGUAAUAUUCAAAGGCUUGGGUUAGAAUUUUGUGGUUUGACCUCCCUCUGUUGUCAGAAUCUUGCCUCUACUCUAAGCAUCAACCAGAGACUGGUAAAAAUAAACCUGACAAAGAAUGCUUUAGGGUGUGAAGGAAUUACAAAACUCUGUGAAGUCUUGAAGUCUCCUGAAUGUAAACUACAAGUUCUAGGAUUGUGCAAAGAGGAAUUUGAUGAUGAAGCCCAGAAGCUGCUGAAGGGUGUGAGCAUCAGUAAUCCACACCUCAUCAUUCAGCAGGACUAUAACGGUCAUAGUGAAGAUGGUCCUUGGUGGCAGCAUUUCUGAUUUGCAGAAGUUGAUACUACUUUUAGAAAGUGAAAUCAAAGCUUCAAGGUGAAUAGACCUGGGACUCCCAGGUAUAUUGCAUUUGAUGUGUUAGAUGUAGGUUAGUAGUCACUU